AGGUGGAGGAGGGUGGGGGCAGAGAAGCAUCAGUCUCCUUCCAGCCACUCCUGAGUAAAGAGAGAGCUGACCUCAGGCUGCAAUGGUGUGAUUUCCCUUUGCAAGCGCCACUCCUCUUUACAAUAGUCCAUAGCUCCAGGAUUUUUUCCUGACUCAAAGCAUUACCAUCCCCAAGCCUCCCUGGAGGCAGGUAGCGGGCAGCUGAUUUGUCUCUUUAUUCCUUGCCUCGUUCUUAAGGGGGGGAUAAAACCCCUAAGCAAUCAACUCUGCUUUUUUAUUUUAUUACCUUUCAUGUAAAAGAACCUUUGUUAGGGGGUUAUUCCCACGCAUGCAGGGUUGCAGACUGCAGGAGAUGGCCAGUGCCCAGGAGAUGUAAGAAGCUUGGAAGAAUCCUACCCUGGGAGUGGUACUUGCUUUGUGUGUGUGUAGCCUCCCACUCCAGUUGCAUUUUUUUUUUUUUUAAUGCUGUGCAGUGCUUCGGUGAGAUGCUUUUUUGGUUAAAAGAAGAAGAGAUGUCACACCAGGAGCUAACCCAGCGACUGGCUACAGUCAUCACUCAUGUGGAUGAAAUCAUGCAGCAGGAGAUAAGGCCGCUGGUCGCAGUGGAUAUAAUUGAGCAGCUCCACAGGCAAUUUGCCAUCCUGUCAGGAGGCAGAGGGAAGGACGGGGCACCCAUUAUAACUUUCCCAGAGUAUGCGGGGUUCAGCGAUAUACCCGACGAGGAUUUUCUGAACGUUCUGACGUAUUUAACCAGCAUUCCCAGUCUGGAGGCUGCCAGUAUUGGAUUCAUCAUCGUUAUAGACAGACGACGGGACAAAUGGAGUGCAGUAAAGGCAUCCCUGACACGGAUAGCAGGAGCAUUUCCAGGGAACCUGCAGCUGGUGUUUGUCCUGCGGCCCUCCCGCUUUAUUCAAAGGACAAUCGCUGACAUCGGCAUUAAACUCUAUCGAGAUGACUUUAAAAUGAAGAUCAUCAUGUUAAAUUCUGUUUCUGAUCUACAUGGCUAUAUUGACAAAAGUCAGCUAACCCGGGAGUUAGGGGGAACCCUGGAAUAUGGCCACAGUCAAUGGAUACACCAUCGAACUGCCAUUGAGAACUUUGCCAUGACGGUGAAAACGACAGCACAGAUGCUACAGACCUUUGGAACGAACCUGGCAGAGACUGAGCUUCCCAACGAUGUGCAGUGCACGGAGGAACUCCUCUCCUCCCACACACAGCACCACGACAAGCUGAAGGAUGAGCUGAAACUAGCUGUGAAGCAGGGGGCCACACUACUGACUUGUAUUAGAGAGCCAGUCACGCGGAGCUCCGCCAGCAAACUCAGUCCAGAUGAGCUCGAAAAUGUAGCGACGGUGGAAAGGUUAUUGGCUCAGUUGGAUGAAACAGAAAAGGCUUUUGAUCAAUUUUGGUCCAAACAUCACCUAAAACUGGAACAGUGCCUGCAGCUCCGACACUUUGAACAUGAUUUCAGAGAGGUAAAACUGGAACUGGAUAAUCUGAUGGAAGCGCAAGCUGGUUUCACGGAUAUUGGAGACAGUGUGACUCGAGUGGAGCACCUCCUAAAGGAACGGAAACAACUGGAAGAGAAAGGACAGGAACCUUUGGAAAAGGCCCAGGCACUAGCUCUGCAUGGAGACCAGCUCAUCCAAAACAACCAUUAUGCAGUCGACUCCAUUAGGCCAAAGUGUGUUGAACUCAGGCGUAUCUGUGAUGACUUUACCAAUGAGACUAAGAAGAAAUACGAUAUUUUGGGAAAGUCCCUUGAGCUGCAUAAGCAGUUAGACAAGGCCAGGCACUGGUGUGAAGCUGGAAUCUACCUCUUAGCGUCUCAAGCUGUGGACAAGUGCCAAUCACAAGAGGGAGCCGAAACUGCGCUGUGUGACAUAGAGAAAUUCCUGGGAACCGCUAAGGAACACCAGUUGUCUAACCCUAAGGAAUUCUACAACCAGUUCGACAUGAUUCUAACCCCUGAAAUAAAGGCCAAUGCCCAAAAAGUUGUACAAAAAUUAGAAGACGUGCAAGAAAUGUUUGACAAGAGGCAAGUGAGUUUGAAGAAGCUGGCAGCCAAGCAGACUCGGCCGGUACAACCUGUCGCCCCGCAUCCUGAGUCCUCCCCCAAGCGAGCAUCACCUAAGAGCACCAGACCGGCACCAUUAGCUACCAAUAGGAGAUCAGCAGAAAGUCCCUGUCCACCAAAGUCCAUCUCUGAGGUAGAAUUAUCAAAAAAGAAAAGUGUUAAGAAGACUAAAGGCGGAAUUAAGAUUGAAGUGAUGCAUGAAGCCAGUCAAGGUGGGUCCAGCAGAGUCCUGGUGAUGAGUGAAAGUGAGGAGAAUCUUUCCACUAGGAGGAGCCACAUAAUAAAUGAACUUAUAGAAACAGAGCGGGUUUAUGUAGAAGAACUUCAAAGUAUAAUAGAGGGCUAUGCUUCAGAAAUGGACAAUCCUGACUUAAUUCACCUGAUCCCGUCGGCUCUUCAGAACAAAAAGGAAGUUCUUUUUGGCAACCUCCCGGAAAUCUAUGAAUUCCACAACAGAAUUUUCCUUAAGGAGCUGGAAAAUUGCAUUGAGAACCCUGAGCUUCUCGGUCGGUGCUUUUUAAAAAGAAAAGAGGAUCUCCAAGUAUAUGAAAAAUACUGUCAGAACAAGCUAAGAUCUGAAGCCCUCUGGAGACAAUGUGGAGAUAGCCUCUUCUUUCAGGAAUGCCAGCGUAAACUGGAUCAUAAACUCUCACUCGAUGCUUAUCUCUUAAAGCCAGUCCAGAGGAUCACAAAGUACCAGUUGCUUUUAAAGGAAAUGCUGAAAUGCAGCAAGAAUUCCGAAGGCACCGCUGAACUGGAAGAGGCGCUGGCCACAAUGCUUGAUAUCAUCAAGUCAGUGAAUGAUUCCAUGCAUCAAAUAGCCAUCACGGGAUAUGAGGGAGACGUGCAUGAGCUUGGUAAGCUGCUGAUGCAGGGCUCCUUCAACGUCUGGACUGAUCACAAGAAGGGCCAUAGCAAGGUGAAGGACUUGGCUAGGUUCAAACCGAUGCAGAGACACCUCUUUCUCUACACAAAGAUCCUGCUCUUCUGCAAGAAACGGGACGAAAACACAGACGGCCAUGAGAAGUCUCCUUCAUACAGCUUUAAGAAUUCUUUAAAGAUGAGUACUGUUGGCAUCACAGAAAAUGUAAAGGGUGAUAACAAGAAGUUUGAGAUCUGGUAUAAUGGCCGAGAAGAGGUCUAUAUCAUUCAGGCAUCUUCCGUUGAGUUGAAAAACAUCUGGAUUUCUGAGAUUAGAAAAGUCCUGACAGGACAACUGGAAGCAUGCAGAGAAGCAAGCCAGCUACACCAAAGAAUCACGGAGAGUGUGUACCAUGCACCGAUGAAUUCCUCCAACUCAACCAGAUAUAGCAGGAAGUCAUCAAGCAUGUAUGAAAAUAAAUCUGAGCCAUCAAACCGGGAAACAUCUAACGACAGGAGCAGAAACUCCAGUCCCAGCACUAGACAAAAGAGAGCUGAUGCUUCCACCAGCCUUAACCUUGAGUGCUCAGCUCUUGCUAGAAAGCGAUUCACAUUACAAGGUCUUUCCAACCGCAGAGCUCCACCUAAAGAUCCAGAAUCUAAAGAGAGAGAAGUUACCCGUCGCUUUUCCCUAGCCUCCUCCAUCAGCACCACGGUCACCACAUCUGCUCUGACCAAAGGUCCCCUGGGUUCUGCAGUUAAAGUCAAGAGACAUGAAAUAAAGAGUGAUCCAACUCCUCUGGGGUUUGAAGAUGCUUUUGAGAACACCAUCUUAGCCCAGACUAAAUGUAAUGCCAGUUCCAUCACAAGACCAGUUCCUAGAUCUGCUUCACAGACAGGUUGGCCCAGCAGGCAGAUGCCCUCGCUAGACACCUUUGAGGAUUUCGAAGCCAUCCCAUCCAGCACGGAUGAACUCUCCAACUCUUCUGACAUGGAGGAAGAGGCCAAUCCUAACAAUGGGUCCAAUCUUUUACGGGUAGAAGGAAGUUAUGAAACCUGUUUUCCAGAGUCUCUCACUCCAGAAAAUGGAGAUUUAGUGCAUUUUGUACAGGAAGGAGAAAAUGGACAAUGGUUGGUAAAGAAGCUGGCUUCUGAGAAAAGCGAUUGGGUUCCUUCCAGUGUGUUACAGCCAGCAGAAGGCGAUAGUAACAGUAUCCUUAGGAAGAACAAUGCAGAAGUGUACAAUGAUACAUGCAGCAUGGCCCUGGCAGACACUGAAAUGAAGGAAAGUGAGCUGGCCAGAAGCUUAAUGGCAGAACAGAGGGCUGGGAGUUGAACUGCAGGACAGGUUUUCCUCAGGACUCCUUCCUCUUCCUUGUUUGUUUUGGUGGAUGCUGGAUCAAGUCACCUUUCCCACAAGCUCUGAGCUUCAGAAUUCAUUCCAACCACAUUGACAGGAAAGCUGCUAGGUCCAAGGCAUGAGCUGGAAAACUGAAGGAGCAUUAAAAAUUCAAACGGCAUCAAAAUCAUCUUCAGUAUUGAACAGAAAAAAUGCUUCUCGCAUUGUUUAUUGAAUCAUUGGAUAGGAUGUGGCCUAAAUUAGGUCGACAGCAGAGUGAAAAGUUACUAUGCACUCACCUUGUGGCGACAUCGCUUGGACAUUGGGUUACUUCAGAAGAACAUGGUCACCAGUUACUGCUCCACCAUGGGAAUGUCCUGGAUUGUUUCUGUUCAUUUGGCUCUGCUGCUGUGCCUUCCGCUGCCUCCCUUAACUCCACUGGAUAGAAAACGAUGUGUUCAGUCAUUUCUAACUGAUCAUUAACAGGAACAGAAAACUGCAGGGUAGUGGUGGGGGAAAUACAAGUCCCGAAUCAGUGAAGCUUAGCACAGCGAUGGUGUGACUGCUUCCUCUCAGUGAAUGGCCUUCUGUUUACAAGAUCUUUGGAGGAGACUUGACUAAGAGGUGGCGAUUCAGACUGAGGCAGGAACCAAGAUAUGGCAACUAUUGUGACAUUUUGAGGUCUUUUUGCAGUAUAAACAAAUUCUUUCCCCCAGUCUGUGGGUUUUGGAUCACAUCCCUCCACAUUUGGUGCUGAUAAUUCUGUUGAAUGCCAUUUAACGUUCUACAUUUGAGUAGACUGCAUGCUGUACACUUUCUUUGUGUGCUGGACUUUGGACUAGGUACGGUUCAUCCCCAUAUGGUAUCAGACUAUACUUCGGCAUUUGCAAAUGGGCAGGUGGGCUUUAGAAGCUCUGAGGAGUAGAUAAAGUGUUAUCGUUAUAUGCUUCUUUCCAGGACAUUUUAUUAAGGACUGUAUCAAAUCUCUGCAGCAUAAGGAUAUCGUGGAGAUCCGUAAAAUUCCUACAGAAAUCAUUAGCUCUUUCAGAGCAGGUCUGAUGGCAUUUGCAUGGCAGCAAUUUGAUGCAAAAUGGGAGUUUUAGAUCCCACAAAGCUGCUAGUACCUUAAGUUUUGCAAACGUAAAUAUUGACCUAGGACUGUGAAAACAGAAGAAGACUGGCCUGAAAGAAAUUAUGCUAGAGAGCUCAAAAAUCAGUGAUUGAUUUUGACUAAAUGAGACCUUUUCUGUACCAUGAUUAGUGAUGCCCCGUAUAAAUUAAAGGCUAUCAUAGCAUUGAAAAGGGAGAAAAGGCCAAACCAAAAGCAAAGCACUCAUUACGAAUUGUACCAUGGGCAAAAUACGACGAUGAAUGAAUAAUGCUUUAAACUAUGGUUUCAUUGCAGGGACACAAGUGUUUUUCUUUGUAUUGUGGAGGUUUUAGGGGGGGAUGAUGGCGCAAUUACCAUGAUACAGCAAAGCAUUGAAGCACGUGAAUAGUCCCAGCAAAGAUAAAAUUAAGGCACAGGCUUAAUUAUACCUUGCUGAAUUGGAGCCCUAGAGAGCGUAUUGGUUUAAUGAUGAGUUUGACUGCGGUACCAAACAGAAUGGAUGCUGGCUUAGAACACCAAGUUUCUCAUCCAGCCUCCAAAUACCUAACUCCUUUGAUUUGUGCUGCUUUCUAUUUUGCUGAUUUCUGUCUAGAGGAAACACGAUUCAGUGGGACAGAGCCUUCCCUCUUUUACUGAAGUCAGUGCUGCUGCAUUGAGAUAAGGAUUUGGCCCAUGUUGUCCUGGGGAUAGAUCUCAUUUACACUAAAUGACAUUCAGGCCCAGUAUUGCCCUGAGGAACAAACACACACAGCUCCUGCUGAAGUCCACUGAAGUCAUGUGAGCGACUUGAAGGCAAAGUCAAGUCCCUCCAGUCCCCAAUACAAUGAAAUUUUCUCAGAGUGAAGUCAUUUUCUUCCCCACAGAAUAACUUCACUGAGACAUCCUUGUUAUUGUCAGUAGUGUAUGCACUGUCUGGUAACAGUGCUUCUCUCUUACCCCCACCUUUCCCCAAACAGUGCGGGGAGAGAGUUUUUAUUGCAUGUUCAUGUGGAGGGGGCUUAUAUGAAAUUGCCAAACCUAAGAUUUAUUUGUACAGUUAUUGUUGACUUGUGGAAAGGCCAAACAUUGCACUUUGGAAUCUCUCUAGAGGAAAGGCUAGGAUUUGACAUUAUUGUUGUUGUUGAUAAAAUAUCCGUCUUCCAGGAGUGGGAGCCAGUGGGGUCUAUCUUUAGAGGACGGGAAAUCAGGAAUCCUUUGGGUUUUGUUCCUGCCUCUGCCUCUUGCAGUGUUAACUUGGGCCAAAUCCCUUAACCCCUCAGUGCCUCUGUUUCCCCAUCUGUAAAAUGGGGUGAUGACAUUUUGUUAUGUGCAGAAGGUGUCAGCUUACAGUCUCCCCUCACUCAGCCCUGCAGCUGGGUGCCAGCAGGUGCACCUAAGGUGGGGGGACCCCUGGCCCUGAACCCAGGCUGGACACCUGUGCCCUCUUGGGCAGUGAGUGAAGCAACAACAGAUUUGAUAGCUGUCUCCCCCCACACAUACACCCCUUUAUGUUCAAGGAGCACUCGCAUAACGUGCUGCUUGGGUCCAACUUGGGCACCCCGGGGCUAGUGGGGGGGACAGGUUUUCUUUUCCUUCAGUGCACCAUGGCAACAACAGCUGCAAAAUUAUAGUUUGGAUUUUAACUACUUCCCCCCCACCACCUUUUUUUAAUAACAGUUUCUGCAUAUUUCUGACACUUUUUUUCAAACAAAGUUUGUCCUGGUUUGACCAAGGUCUGUAGGUCACGCUGAUGCCAUGAACAUACUGAAGAGGGAGAGAAUCAUUCACUACCAUGUGGCUGUGUGAACUGGAUACAGCACUCAGGUUUCAGUCAUGGUUGGGGGCGCAGCUGGCCGCAGAUACAGCUUAGAUGCUUGAUGCUCUUGCUGCCUAGCAAGCCUUCAACAGUGUUUUAGCUGUGUCCGUGACCCUUGCUACUAAGAGCCCAAGGCUUCUUGUUUGGUCCUGUCCCAUCCACUUUAGAAGCUCAGACCAUAUUUUAUCCAUUUUGGCCAUUGCUGUGUUGUAGCUGGGUACCCUGAGAUGGCUGGUUUUUACAUUGUCGUAUCAACCUUCGACUGAGUUCUGUAUUGCUGGGGUUUUAUAAUAAAGUUCAAAUGCUUUUGUUUUAUGAGGAGUCAAAGUUUAAGCUGACGACAAUUUGUUGAGUAGAUGAGCCCUAAAUCACAGUCUCAUGACAUGUUUACACUGUUUGGAGAAGGUUUGGUAGCUGCCAGGAUGUUUAAAAAUGGUGGUUGCUAACAGGCUUCAACCAGUGCUUAAUUUGAAAGGAAAGAGGUGCCAGGGCUCAAGCAAUUAGGGGCUCAAUCAAUUUUUUUUUAUAUUCAUAACUGAUGCGGCAAGCCCAGAGGUGGCAGGGCUAUGAACUGCCGAGCCUAGAGGUGCUCAGCCCUGGCAAGCCCUAGCACAAAUUAAGCCCUGGCUUCCACUCUCAAGGUCUCAGGCCCAGUCUAUGCUAUAAAAAUAACCAGGCCUCAGCCUCCACUAGUUUUAUGGAGUAGAGAUGUGGGCCCACAGUCUUGACACACAAUAGUAAAUCAUGGUUGCCCAACGAUGUUCUAAUGGUGGCUUCCCUUGCCAGCGGGAAUCGAGAUUUGUGUGGUUGGUGUUCCGCUUGCUUAACCAUUUUAGUAGCCAGCCUUUGAGAUUUCAAACAGGCUUGGGUGGCAGAAAGGUCAGGAGCUUCCUUUAAAAAAAAAAAAAAGUGCUUUGGUUCUGAUUUGCUGUUAGAUGAUCGGAAGUAUUUAAAGCAGCCAGAUUGUGUAGUUCUACCAGCAGCUGGAGUGGAAAGUUGCUACUAAGAUUUCUGCUGCCCAGCUGAGAAUUGGUACGGUUCGUAAUGCUUACAUAUUUUCCAUGUUGAUGAUGAUGUAUUUGUAUAUUGUGACUGAUGAGAGAUAAUCAGACAGGGAAAAAGCACAGAACUCUCUCGAUAACUUGCCUGUCUCCCCUUCCCCCCACACCCCAGUCACGACAGAAUGUAUGAAUUUAUAACCCACAACCACCAAGUGUGUGAAUCUGGAAUUUCUGUAAAUAGGCCAUUCUGAACUGUGUAAAACCACACUUUGUUUGGUCUUUAUAAAAAGUAUAAAUACUGUAGUA